UCUGGGUUGCGGAAAGUUGUUGCUGCGGAGGGCGCGAUGGGGAAAUCAGAUUUUCUUACCCCUAAGGCCAUCGCCAACAGGAUCAAGUCCAAGGGGCUUCAGAAGUUGCGCUGGUAUUGCCAGAUGUGCCAGAAGCAGUGCCGGGACGAGAAUGGCUUUAAGUGUCAUUGUAUGUCCGAAUCUCAUCAGAGACAACUGUUGCUGGCUUCAGAAAAUCCUCAGCAGUUUAUGGAUUAUUUUUCAGAGGAAUUCCGAAAUGACUUCCUAGAACUUCUCAGGAGACGCUUUGGAACCAAGAGGGUUCACAACAACAUCGUUUACAAUGAGUACAUCAGCCACCGAGAGCAUAUCCACAUGAACGCCACGCAGUGGGAGACGCUGACAGAUUUUACUAAGUGGCUGGGCAGAGAAGGCUUGUGCAAAGUGGACGAAACACCAAAAGGCUGGUAUAUUCAGUAUAUAGAUAGGGACCCUGAGACGAUCCGCCGGCAGCUGGAACUAGAGAAGAAGAAGAAGCAGGACCUUGAUGAUGAAGAAAAAACUGCCAAAUUUAUUCAAGAACAAGUGAGAAGAGGUCUGGAGGGGAGAGAGCAGGAAGUCCCUGUUUUUACGGAAUUAAGCAGAGAAAAUGAUGAAGAAAAAGUUACAUUUAAUUUGAAUAAAGGAGCAUGUAGUUCAGGAGGAGCAUCUUCCAAAUCAAGUUCUUUGGGACCAAGUGCUCUGAAGACAGUAGGGAACGCAGCAUCGGUGAAACGGAAGGAAUCUUCCCAGAGCUCAGCUCAGUCAAAAGAAAAGAAGAAGAAGAAAUCUGCACUCGAUGAAAUCAUGGAGAUUGAAGAGGAGAAGAAAAGAGCUGCCCGAACAGAUUACUGGCUCCAGCCUGAAAUUGUAGUGAAAAUUAUAACCAAAAAACUUGGAGAGAAAUAUCAUAAGAAAAAGGGGAUUGUUAAGGAAGUGAUUGACAAUUACACCGCUGUGGUGAAGAUGAUUGAUUCGGGAGACAAGCUGAAACUUGACCAGACUCAUUUAGAAACAGUAAUUCCAGCACCAGGAAAAAGAAUUCUCGUUUUAAAUGGAGGCUACAGAGGAAAUGAAGGUACCCUAGAAUCCAUCAAUGAGAAGACUUUUUCAGCUACUAUAGUCAUUGAAACCGGCCCUUUAAAAGGACGCAGAGUUGAAGGAAUUCAAUACGAAGACAUUUCUAAACUUGCCUGAGUUUGAUAACUUGUUAACAGCACAUUAAAAUCUUAAAGCAUCAAAUUGGUGUUCACAAAGGCAUUACAAGACUCUACUGUGUUAGGGUGUUUCUUUUGUAUAAAACAAAUGGAUUUAUUUAAAUAUUACUGUAUAGUUGUUUAGCUAAACUUACAGAAAAAUCUAGUUAUGUCUCAUGAAGUAUCAAAAUUGUGUAAUUUUGUCUUUGUUAUUUUUAUUUCCUUUGUAAUAUUUCCUUGAUGAUUUUUUAUCUUCAUUAAAAGAAC